CAUUACAAAUGGCAUAAUGUAUGGAAAUGGGAGUUGUGUAUAAAGGAAGCCACAGUUCCUCGCAGUUGAGAUAGAACCCCCUCUCAAUAGCAUCAACGUAUAAUUCAAGCGAUUCUCUAUAGAACGACGAUAUAAUCUUUUCAUCAUGAAGCUGGCAUCCGUCGUUUUUAGCCUUUUCCCCGCCGCAUUGGCAUUGCCAGCCUCUGAAGGCACUUUGAGCCGACGGCAAACCAGCCUCUCAGCUAUCACAGAUCAGCUGCUGUUCAGCACAACACUCCCCGACUUCAUUACUCGCCGCAAUGCCAAAAACCCUUCUACGCUUGACUGGUCGUCUGAUGGCUGCACCGACUCGCCGGAUAAUCCGUUUGGAUUCCCCUUUGUCCCUGCUUGCAACCGACACGAUUUCGGCUACCAGAACUAUCGCCUACAAAGUCGGUUUACGGAGAGCGGCAAGCUCAAUAUUGACAAUAACUUCAAAUCUGACCUCUACUACCAAUGCCAAUCAUCAAGUGUAACGUCAGUUUGCAAAGCACUUGCAGAUGUUUAUUAUGCUGCGGUGAGAGCAUUUGGAGGCGGCGACGCCUCCCCCGGAAAGAGAGAAGAAUCACAAGACGAUUUGAUCAGGGAGUACGAGGAAAAGUUGGAAAUUUAUAACCAGGCUGUAAAGGAUGCCCAAGACAAGGGAUUGCUGCCGGUUCUAGACUGAUACAGUACAAUAGCAACUAAAAGAAAGAAAAAAUAACAUAUCAAAAGCAUAAAUGACAAAAGAGGCCGAGUAAUUGUGAAAUAGCAUCACUCAAGC